AUGCACGACGAGGCAUACAUCACGAGCACGUACAGAAAGAAAACUACCACGAAGAAGACCUUGACGGAUAACCCCAAAUCUCCGUUGAAUAACCUCAUCACGGCAAUGGGCGGACAGAUGGUGUUCACGGGCGAGCAGGGUACCAUUGAUGGGAGCGAUGCGCGAAUCUGGCGAUGCACAGUCACCGUGAAUUAUGAAGGCCAUGAAAUUGUCGGGACUGGUGACCAUGCCGCACGCAGAACGGCGGAAAGUCUGGCCGCCCUUUCCGCAGUGUAUCAGCUGGAUACUCUAGAUGCAUUCGAUAAAAAGAAGGCCCGUGAAGAUCUUUCCGACGGGAAACUCGUAACCUACGAGCAGGCUCGCCAUUUCAUGGACUACUACUGUCGCCGCUUCCGCUUCGGCAAACCGGACGUCGUGUACACUCAGCCUCCUCGAAGCGGAUGGCAAGCAGACAUGAUCGUCGGCGACCGUCGCAUCGGCUUCGGCAAAGCGAAUUCCAAGAAGGACGCUCUUACAAGAUGUUACACGGAUGUCGUGCAGUACCUGGAAAAGUGCGAUCCGCAAAUCUGGAAAGAUUUUUUGGAAGAUGUGAAGACAGGAAAGGACCUCGGCAUGGCAUCCAGCGUCCUGUUCCAAACAGAUGACGUGCUCGCAGAUCGGGUCCAAAAUCUCAAAGACGACAUUAGACGCAGCACGCUUUACCACAAUCGACCAACUGUCCGCAAGUUCGAAACCGACGGUGCUCAACCCGCUCCCCAAACAACCUUCAGGGAACGACCACUCCCUUCUCCUGCCUACUUCUCUGAGAAGUCAAAACGUCUGAAGGAGCGUCGCGAAGCGUACCGUGUCGACCCUCAACUGGAGUCCAUCCGUAACACUCGAGCUUCCCUCCCAGUUUUCUCCAAGUCGGAAGAGCUCCUCAAGCACAUUCGCGAGCACGACGUCACCAUCUGUAUGGCUGCCACAGGUUCAGGGAAGACGACACAGAUUCCACAGCUUCUCCUCGACGAGAUAAUCGACCGGGGCGAAGGCGCUACGUGCAAUAUCCUCUGUACUCAACCUCGAAGGAUUGCAGCCAUCAGUGUCGCAGAGCGAGUAGCAAAGGAAAGAGGUGAAGUCUGUGGUCGCGGCUCUGUGGGAUAUCAAGUCCGUUUCGAAUCCAAGCUGCCCGAUGAACACGGCUCCAUCACCUACUGCACGACCGGUAUCUUUCUGCGCAAGAUGCAGAGCGCUCUCAGGGAAACGGGCUCCCGUCACAGCAUGGAUUCCAUCACCCAUGUCAUCGUCGACGAGGUUCACGAACGCGAUGUUGAUAUCGAUCUCAUGCUCGUCGUUCUAAAGCGCCUCCUCAACGAACGAAGAGCCCAGAAGAAGCCCAUCAAGAUCGUGCUCAUGAGCGCCACUAUUGACUCGACCCUUUUCCGCACCUACUUCCCCGAUGAACAAGGCAACCCCGCUGGCGUGGUCGAAAUCCCGGGCCGUGCUUUCCCAGUCCAGAAGCAUUUCCUUGAUGAUUUCGUCCCCCAGUUGACGCAACCUUCUGCAACCUCUUGGGUCUUCAGGGAAGAAUCGGUCCGCAAGUACCUUGCUGCAGAAAUAGGCGACGUCCCUAACCUUCCUACUGCUCUCAACUCCCGCGCUCCUACGCCGGUCUUACGGGAUCAUUCUCGUGACGUUGACGACCUCGACCUCCCUUAUCCCCUCAUCGCCCUCACCAUCGCGCACGUAAUUCAGCAGACCGACGACGGGCAUGUCCUUGUGUUUAUGCCCGGUUGGGAUGACAUUACCGCCGUUAGAAGGAUACUCACGGACACCGAUCGCUCCAAAUCUCUUGGUUUCAACUUCACCGACCCCUCAAAAAUCAGUAUCCACGUCCUGCACUCCUCCGUCCCGGUUGCAGAGCAACAGGCCGUCUUCGAUCCUCCGCCCCCUGGCGUUCGCCGUGUCAUACUCUCCACGAACAUCGCGGAGACAUCUGUCACCAUCCCCGACGUUGUGUAUGUUGUGGACACUGCUCGCGUCAAGGAACAGCGGUACGAUCCCUCGAGACACAUAUCAAACCUCGUCUCCGCAUGGGUGGGGAAGUCAAAUCUCAACCAACGUGCUGGUCGUGCCGGUCGUCACCGGCCGGGAGAGUACUACGGUAUUCUUGGCAGGCGACAUUCCGAGGAGCUCCCCGCCCAUCAAACCGUAGAAAUGAAGCGCGUCGACCUCGAGAACGUGGUCAUGCACGUCAAGGCGCUCAACUUCCCGGACAUGACCAUCGAGGAUGUCCUCGCUGCCGUCAUUGAACCCCCGGCUCCGGAGCGCAUUGAGGCCGCCAUCCAAUCCCUGCACAUGGUCGGCGCCCUUGAUGCCGACAAUAACCUCACGUCUCUCGGUCAUGUUCUUCUCCAGCUUCCUGCCGACCCACGUCUUGGCCGCCUUGUCCUCUUUGGAUCAUUCUUCCGAUGCUUGGAUGCUGCCCUCACUCUCGCAGCUAUCAUGGGCUCCCGGGAACCGUUCGUCGCUCCCAUGCACGUCAAGGCCGAGGCUCAGGCUGUGAAGAAUUCGUGGUCUCCAGAGGAGUCCCGGUCCGAUCCACUUGCUGCGCUCCGUGCAUAUCGCGAGUGGUGGGAGUACCAAAGCCAGGGCCUGUACGUGUCCGCGAACCGGUUCUGUCAGGACAACUUCCUCUCGAAGCCUACGCUGCUGAACAUCGCGAAGACGAAGGAUCAGCUGCUCAAGUCGUUGUACGACUCGGGUGUCAUUGAUGUGUCCGCCGGUGGCAAGCUCCCCUACGGACACCAUCCCAUUCCCAGUCAGCUCAACGAGAACGGCAACUCGUGGCCACUCUUGGCCGCCCUCAUCGCGAUUGCGUGCCAGCCGAAGUUUGCUAUCCGUACUGGAGAGAGGGCCUACCGUACGGCCAUCGAGAAGGUUGUGAUUGUUCACCCAUCUAGCGUGAACCAUCGUAAACGCGACAUGCCCAAGGAUAGCGGAGACCAUCCUCACAUGGAGAGGCAGAUCAUUGCUUACGCCGAGAAGCGUCAGAACAUCUCUACGGCUCAGAAGAACUCCGAAAAGUACAUCGUCAACACCACCCGACUUGAUCCUCUCACCUACGUUCUGUUCGGCGCCUUCCGUAUUGCUGUCACGCAACGGGGACUGGAGUGCGACGAGUGGCUUCCCAUCAUCGGAGCGGUCGACGUCCUCGACGAUCUGGAGCGGGUGAAGGUCAUGAUGGAGGAUUGCAUGCUCCGCGUUUUCCAGGGUCUCAUCGCCAGCCGUCAACGCAAGGCCCAGCAGAACCGACGUCCGCUAACAGGAGAAUUGAGCAACACGCCUCUCUCCGACACAGAAGUCAAGGAAUUGGACCUGAUGACCAUGGAUAUCGUCCGCAUCCUGAACCACUACACCAAGUACCGCGCCGCUACGCAGUCAGAGACGAACUCUCGGCCCGGCACUCCGAUGGCCUCGCCUUCGUUUGGGUCCUCGCGCCUCCCUUACUCCCCUUACAGCGGCUCGCGGUCGGGCCACUCGACGCCCUACAACAUCGCCUCGGCGUAUUCGUCUCGGCCUAGCACACCCAGUCGGUUGUCGAGGGUAUAG